AUGUCUCGAUUGAAUAUUAUAAGCCGCGAGUCCAACACAAGUCCAACAUCCGGAAAUGUCUUCAAUGGAAAUCAUGUUUUACCACGUCCAUCGACAAGAAGUGCUUGUUCUAUUCCAAUGCUGACUCGAAGAUCUGAUCAGGACGAUAGUUUGUCGCCGUCAAUAAGGGCUUCACCGCGUUCUGCAGAUGCAGACCAUGGAUAUCGACGAAACUAUAGCAGCAAUAGUGCACCAUCUUACACAGUUAAACAGAUGAAUUAUCUUAGAACACAUCCAAAGACAAGAUCCGCAGAUCCUCGAGUAAUUACUGAUAUUCCUAAUUUAACAAGAAAAUACAACAAAUCACUCUACGAUUCAUUGUCGCCACAAGAAUUCUUCAAAAAACGAAUGCAAACAAUUAGUCGCGCUAACGUGUCAAGUAGGAUGGAAAUUAUUUACGGCAGAAGCGAUGAAGACAUCGAAAUCAAUAGAUUGACCAAUAUUAAAGCUAACAAAAUUUUACAGACUUAUAAUACCGAUAAUACUACUAGCAAAUAUAUUUUUCAAAAGAAAAUUAAACCGCGUGGUUAUCGAAGAGAAAACUUCGGAACGUUACCCAUUCCGAGUAAUGUCCCUCUUGAUUCUUCAAGAAUGCUCGUAAUUAGGCCUGCAAAUGUAUCUCCAAGAUGCAGCAAUGAAGAUAAGAAACUACCGAGAUUAAAGCAAAAAAUGUCAGAAAUUCGAAAAGGAUGGGUAGAAGAGAAGGUCUCUUUAAGUCCAAAAUCGAAAGACCAGGCCCAUCUUCAUCAACCAGGAAAUGCCAACAGCUCUAAUCAUAUCACCAAUCAUAAUGAACCUAAAAAAGUAACAUUCUCUCUAGAAGAUCAGAAAUCAACUGCUACAGAUAAGGAUACACUAGAUCAUGAUGAUGAAAGUAAAGAUCAAACUGAGGGUUGGACACAAAAUUCAGUUGAAUUUAAUGUUAUCAUCAGUCCACGCCAUAGCCAAAGCUCUGUUAAGGCUGAAGAUUUACCCAAUCUAUCAAGCCCGAUGGAAACCAAUGAACUUGCCAUGUCUCAAUCCGAUAGCAAUCAUAAUUUUGAUAAUAAUCAUAAUUUAACCAGUAAUCAGGAACUAGAGAAAUGUGACGAUGAUGAUCGUCAUAUUGUGCAAGAAGAAAACAAAACUUUCAACGAACCAGAAUCUAGAAUGAAAGAUCAAGAUAAUUCAAAUCAAGACAUGCAAAAUAGCGAUAUAUUAGCGCAAGACAUAAGAGCUGACAAUAAUUGCGUGGAUAUUUCCGAUCAUAAAGAUGAUCAUCAAUCACAUCGUUUGAUGCUAGAUGAAACUGAGGAAUUACCAAUGGAUACAAUUCAAAGCUCGCAGCAAGUUGUUAUUGAAGUUUCCAAUCAAUUAGUAACAAACGAAGAAGAUGCAGAACAAGAUUAG